AUGCCACGAACGAAGUCUAUCCUCGCGUUCUUGCUAGCCUUGAGCUUUUUCUUCAGUAGCGCUCAAGCUGUUAGGAUGUCUCAAGCAGCUAGGCUUGCUCAAGGACGUAACGGUCGAAGGAUCAUCGGCUAUGCAACAGUUAGUAGGAGAGAGGCUAGGGAUAUCAAUCAACACUAUGCGCUAGUUGUCUCUUCAUCCUUAAUCAGUGAUCAAUUGGGACACGGCUUUUAUAUCGCAAACCAACCUGAUGUCUUGCAAGGUGAAACGGGGAGUUGGUAUUGUGUUAUCAAAGCGAAUCGGGGGUUGAUGAUGAAUGUCGGCAAAGCAUGGAUCCCGGAAUCUUAUUUUGACAGUAAUAUGAUUGAGGAACAAGACGUAUGGGACCAAGGCGAAGAUGCUGUCGUGGAAUACAUCGCGACAUUGAUGGAAAGGCCCACGGAAGCGCUGCGCUUCUCUUGGGUUAAAGGUAUGCAUUGGAGGUCUCAGAUGGUUAUUCCAUCGAAUGUGAUAACAGGAGAUAAAUUGGGUUUUUGGGCCAAAUGCUACAGAUCAAAAGAUGAGCUGGCAGGGCAUUGGAACGAUUUCAUUGAUUGGGAAGAGUGGAAUAUUGACGGAGAUCGUUCAAGGCCGACCAGUACUCCUUAA